AUGGAUACAGAACCAGCAGCAAUUAUCACACAGGGACUCGACCCCAAGUCCGGGACAUCACAUUCGGAAUCAGAAUCGCCCGUUCACGGCACAUGGGGAUCGAAAGACGGCAACAUCUCGAACAGCGAGUGGAACGACCCUGAAGCGAACAAGCUACCUGAGAAGGUAAAGGAGCUGGAGGAGAAGGGUGAGAUCAAUGACACACCACAACAAGCAAGGAAGAAGGUGGUGGUUGUGGGAUUGGGAAUGGUGGGCAUUGCAUUUAUCGAGAAACUCAUGAAGUACGAUGUGAAGCGGAGAGAAUACGAUAUCGUAGUCAUUGGCGAAGAGCCACACCUGGCCUACAACCGCGUCGGGCUGACGAGUUUCUUUCAGCACCGACAAGUCGAGAACCUGUAUCUGAACCCGAAGGAAUGGUAUUUAUCCAUGCCCGAAGGCUCUCUGAACUACCAUCUCAACACUCUUGUCACUGAGAUCAACCCCGCAAACAAGAACGUCAAGACAUCAUCCGGCGAGACAGUAUCAUACGACCUCCUCGUGCUCGCAUCAGGUUCCGACGCACUGCUUCCCCGACACACACCCGGCCACGAUGCGGAAGGUGUCUUUGUCUACCGCACAAUCGACGACUUGCAGCGACUCAUCGAGUUCUCGGCGACACGCAAAGGUACAGCAGGUGCCGUUGUAGGUGGCGGUCUGCUAGGUCUCGAGGCCGCGCACGCCAUGAUGGAUCUCGAGAACUUCGCACAAGUCAAGCUAAUCGAGCGAAACCGGUGGGUGCUCUCGCGGCAGCUGGACGGCGAUGCAGGUUCCAUGGUUGUAGAGCAGGUCCGCGCUAUGGGUCUGGAUGUUAUGUUGAGCAAGAGAGUCGGCAAGAUUCUGACUACUGAGAAGAACGCCGUACGCGGUGUCGUGUUCGAGGAUGGUGAAGAGAUGGAAUGCUCGUGUAUUUGCUUUGCAAUCGGUAUCAAAGCGCGUGAUGAGCUUGCUCGUAAGGCCUCCAUCAAGUGUGCAGAUCGCGGUGGCGGUAUCAUCGUCAACGACGACCUGUCCACUUCUGCAUCGGAUGUCUAUGCUAUUGGCGAGUGUGCAAGCUGGGAGAACCAGACGUUCGGUCUCAUCGCACCCGGCGUUGAGAUGGCCGACGUCCUCGCCUUCAACCUCACACAAGCGAAAGCACACGCACCACGCAAAUUCAAGCGUCCAGACCUGAGCACAAAGCUCAAGUUGCUUGGCGUCGAGGUUGCAAGUUUCGGUGACUUCUUCGCGGAUCGCGAUGGGCCUAAGGAUAUGCCUGGACGCCAGAAGCCGGUGAAGAAAGAGGUGGAUAAAGUCAAGAACCUUACAAGUGGACCGGCCGCACCACCGGUCAAGGCGCUGGUAUACAAGGAUCCGUUCCAGCAGGUGUACAAGAAGUAUUUGUUCACCAUGGACGGCAAGUACCUGCUCGGAGGUAUGAUGAUCGGCGACACGAAGGACUACAUUAAGCUGGCGCCGAUGGUCAAGAACCAGAAACCACUGGAGAUCCCUCCGGCUGAGCUCAUCAUUGGAGCAUCGAAGGGUGGCGAUGAUGAUGGCUCCGACCUGUCCGGCGACACACAGAUCUGCUCUUGCCACAAUGUCACCAAGGACGAUGUCGUCAACGCAGUCAAGGACGGGACGUGCAAAUCCAUCGGUGAUGUCAAGUCUUGCACAAAAGCUGGUACCGGAUGUGGUGGCUGCAUGCCUCUUGUGCAGACUAUCUUCAACAAAACCAUGGCAUCCAUGGGCAACGAAGUCAAGAAUCACCUGUGCCCACACUUCGAGUACUCACGCGCAGACCUUUUCAAUAUCAUUUACGUCAAGGGUCUCAAAGACUUUGACGCCGUUAUGAGGGAGUGCGGUCGCGAGCCCGAGUCUGCUGGAUGCGAGGCGUGCAAGCCUGCUAUUGGAUCCAUCAUUGCAUCGCUCUUCAACAAGCACCUGCUUGACGUUGAGAGGCGAGGCCUGCAAGAAACGAACGAUAGAUUUUUGGCUAACAUCCAGCGCAACGGCACCUUCUCAGUCGUACCGCGAGUUUCUGGCGGGGAGAUUACACCCGAGAAGCUCAUCAUCAUCGGCACAGUGGCGAAGAAGUACAACCUCUACACAAAGAUCACCGGUGGUCAGCGUAUCGAUAUGUUCGGUGCUCGGAAACAGGAUCUUCCUGAUAUCUGGCAGGAGCUGGUCGAUGGCGGCAUGGAGUCUGGACACGCGUACGCCAAGUCACUGCGCACCGUGAAGUCGUGCGUUGGAACCACAUGGUGCCGAUUCGGUAUCGGCGACAGUGUCGGUAUGGCGGUCCGUCUGGAGGAGCGCUACAAGUCCAUCCGCGGCCCCCACAAGUUUAAGGGCGGAGUCUCAGGCUGCGUCCGCGAGUGCGCCGAAGCACAAAACAAGGACUUCGGACUCAUCGCCACCGAGAAGGGCUUCAACAUCUUCGUCGGCGGUAACGGUGGCGCAAAACCUCGUCACUCAGAACUUCUGGCCAAAGAUGUACCGCCAGACGACGUUGUACCCAUCCUCGACCGCUACCUCUCCUUCUACAUCCGCACAGCCGACAAGCUCCAACGCACAGCGCGCUGGAUGGAGAACUUGCCCGGCGGCAUCAAGUAUUUGCAAGAAGUCAUUCUCGAGGACAAACUCGGGAUCUGCGCGGACCUCGAGAAGCAAAUGGAAGACCUCGUCGGCUCUUUCUUCUGCGAAUGGACCGAAGUCCUCAAAGACCCCAAGAAGAAAGCCUGGUUCAACCAGUUCGCCAAUACUUCCGAGAACAUCAUCGACACCAUCGAACCGACCCAAGAGCGCGGUCAAGAGCGACCCUCCUACUGGCCCAAGGACAGUGUCACAGAGGACUUCCGCGGCCACAAGUGGACCGAACUCAGCUGGCAGCCAAUGCUCAAGGCCGAGGAGCUCAAGGACGCGCCGACGGGCGACUCCAAGGCGCUGAAGCGCGGCGACACGCAGCUUGCUAUCUUCAAAGUCCGCGGCAAAUACUACUGCACGCAGCAAAUGUGUCCGCACAAGCGCGCAUUUGUGCUGUCCGAUGGUUUGAUCGGAGAUGAUAUCAAGAACAACAAACUCUGGGUCUCGUGUCCGAACCACAAGCGCAAUUUUGAACUCUCGGGCGAGCAGGCGGGGCGGUGUGCGAAUGAUGAGAGUGUUAAUAUUGCGACGUUUCCGGUCGAGGAGAGGGAUGAUGGGUGGUUGUAUGUUAAGCUGCCGAGUGUUGAGGAGCUGGAUAGUGUGCUGGGAACGGAGAAGUUCAAGAUCAAGAAGAGUGAGACGGAGGAUCCGUUUGUCGCUUUGGACAAGAAGCUCGAGCGCAUGAAGCUCAAGGGCAGGAAGGGGAUGCAGGUCAGCCACCUGGAUAACGGGUUGGGCGAGAAGGGCAAGGCGAGUAUGAUCCUUGCUGGUGGUGAGAGGGGAGCUGGUGGUUUGGAUUGGUAG